AUGGAUAAUGAGACCACCACCAAAGGCCUAAUACCUCCAAACUCGAAACCCGGCAAGGACCAGUGGGCGGCACAGAAGGCACAGAGUCCCAAUCACCCGCGCAGCAGACCCAACUACCGACAGAGAGCCACAAUCAGCGCGUCCGGAAUCCACAGUGGUGAUGUCGGGAUAUUGGUCACAAGCGACAAAGGUCAGGAAAAGAAAUGCUUGCAAGAACUAUCAGACUUACUUGCAGAGUUCUUUGAGCAGGAAGCAGGCUCAAGUGCGGCGCCGGCGGAUGAGGAUCACACCGCGACCGCCACCGAGAAGGAAGUGGAUAUUGAAGCCGAUAUCUCUGCUGAGCUGAACUCUCUACGGCCUCAUGGUGCAAGCACAGAUGGCGCGUCACAGCACCUUUCUUUGGUGACGCUGGACAUACCCUGCGUCUCUUUUGUCCGAUUUCCAGCAAAAUCCCCAGUUGACCCCGUUGAAGUUGUACGCAAGAUCUGUCUGGCUGCCUCAAAUGGGGACCAAUCUAGGCCGCGAAGUCGGUACAUCAGGCGACUCAGUCCAGUUAGCCUGAUGAGAAAGACGCUGAAUGAGGGCCUCAAAACACUUUGCAGCCAGAUACUGCCCAAGCACUUUCGGGUCGAGAGCGAAGCCGAAGACACCGAGAAACAUCCCGAGAGCAAUGUCCACCCCUCCCAAACACCAUGCAAAUUUGCUAUCCGCCCUACCAUCCGCAACAACAAUAAAAUCAACCGCGACGAGGUGAUCCGGACCGUCGCAGACAGCGUUGCCUCUUUGGGCAAGCAUACGGUCGACUUAAAGGGCUACGACAAGCUUAUCCUCGUGGAUGUGUACCGAAAUGUCGUGGGUAUGAGUGUGGUUGGGAGCGAAUAUGAAACCCUCAAGAGGUUCAACUUGGCGGAGCUCCAGGCGAGUCAUUUCGGAAAUCAUGACAAGGACGAAACAGUCUGA